UAUUCUCCAGGUAAUACAUAUUCACCAUGGCUUCCGAGGACAUUCAAUCACCCACAGAUAUCCGCAUUCUCUCACUCAACUGCUGGGGUCUUAAAUUUAUUUCUAAACUUCGCAACGAGCGUCUUACCGAAAUCGGUGUUCAAAUUGCUGCUGCAAGUCCACAGCCAGAUAUCGUCGGCCUACAAGAGUGCUGGACCCAGGAAGACUACCAUGCGAUUCGUGAGAAGACGAAGCACAUACUGCCAUAUGGAAAGUUCUACUACAGUGGUAUCUUUGGUGGCGGGCUAGUCAUCUUGUCUCGAUGGCCCAUCAUCGAGAGCAACAUGGUGCGCUAUCCGCUCAAUGGACGGCCUGCUGCAUUCUACCGUGGAGAUUGGUUCGUUGGUAAAGGAGUUGCUUGUGCAAAGAUACAAAUGGGACCUUCCCGGGGAGAUAUCGCAGAAGUAUUCUGUACACAUCUCCAUGCCCCUUAUGAAAGCGAACCCCACGACUCCUACAUCUGCCACCGCACAGCCCAAGCAUGGGAAAUCACAAAGCUCAUGCGUGCAGCCGCUGAACGUGGACACCUUGUAAUCGGCAUGGGCGACUUCAACAUGAUUCCGCUAUCCCUCGCACACCGUAUAAUAGAGACGCACUCGCCAGUCCGCGAUGUAUGGCGCAUACUCCACCCCGAUUCUUCGAUCGGCGCAGCAAGGGACGAGGUUGAACGCCGUCGAUGCGUGCCAAUGCCAUCUGCCGAGUUCAAUAUGACUAUCAAUGGCGCAACAUGUGACAGCGAAUUCAACUCCUGGAGGUGGAACAAGGGACAACAGAGGCGUCUUGCCAAGGGCGAAAACGUGCAGAUAGAUCCUGCCGUUGAAGACCCUAAUGCGAAACGGCUGGAUUAUAUCUUCUACAGCAGUGGAAGGUUUCAGAACCCAGAGACAAAGGAAGAGACGGCGGAGUGGGAGUUGAAGGAAGCGAAUGUGGGCAUGUCAAUGCGCCAUCCUACAUUACACUGCUCUCUCAGUGAUCAUUUCUCCGUAGAGGCGACGCUGACGAGGACUUCGACUGCUCUGUCAGCUGUCCCGCUAUCUCCUUCGACCCUACCUGAACGAUACCUGCCCAUCGAGACUUAUGAUGAGAUCUUGGCUACAACCAUGAAGUACGAGGCUAGGGAGCGAGUGCAGCGCAAGCUGCGAAUAGGGCACUUCUUCUACCAACUAUCCUUCUCCAUUGGGUGCCUGAUUGGUGUGUGGUGGUCACCAAAAAACUAUGUUGCUUUCAUUUUGAUGCUUUUGAGCACCCUAGGGUUCAGUGUAGGCGUCGUUGAUGGAUUGAUGGGGUUGUUGUUCGUUGGUAGCGAGCUCAGGGCACUCAAGGAGUUUGAAUGGGAGGUUAGGAAUGCCCGCGAAAGGGCCAUGAAGGCAGGAUCCAGGAAGACCAUCUCUGAGGAUAGCCAUUCCGCAGCCCUCACGAUGAGCGAAUCGCAGCCCCAGCCCCAGCAGCAGCAGCCCAACAGCGGCCAACAGCAACAGCUGCUACGCCCUGACGAUAUACUUAAGCUGCAAUGUCUUCCUGAAGACGAGAAGCAAAAGUAUCGCUUGAUCAUGCAGAAUUUCUGGAACAUCUGCAACACGCACCAACAGGGGAGCCAGGAAAAUACCAAUGCUCGCCAGAAGUUGACAGAAUGGUCACAGAAGUUCAUUACACGCGAGCGCCAAUACAGGGCCAAGAUGAAGGCACAGCAACAGCAACAGCAACAGCAAGGAAACCAGAGCCAGGGACAAGCAAGCCAGUCUAAUGCCGUUGGUCAGCAGAACCAGAACCCCGUCAAGCAAGAAGGCGGCCAGGCUCGCGCCGAAAACACCGCGGGGGCAGUCGGCCAACAGCAAUCUAACCAAGGCCAAAACCAAGGUCGUGGCCAGGUGGAUCCUGCUAUAGUAAAGCACGUCCACGAAUUCCCUAUGCAGGGGCCGUUGACCGGACCUUCGCCGGGCACGCCCGAGUAUGAGGUCAAGCUGAAAGAAUAUCGAACAGGUUACCUGAACAUGCUAGCAAAGCAGGCUUCUUUGAAUGAGAGUAGAAAGAAACUCAUGCAACAACUGAGCGAACGACAAAGCAACGGACAAGAUUUGCCACAAGAUCUACUUGUCUUGAAAGGCAAGAUUGAGAAGGAGCAUACCAAUAUGAGAGCACAAAUUGACAAGUUUCGAGCUUUGCAGAAGCAGUGGAAGGAGGAGCGCGAGCAAAACUCGCAGGGUCAGGCACAGGCGCAGACCCAAGGCCAAAACUCAGCACAAUCACCGCCGCCACCGCAACAGCAGCAGCAGCCGUCACAACAGCAAUCUCAACCCCAGCCGCCUCAAAGACAGCCAUCGCAGCCCAAUGCCUCUGCGCAGCCUCAGGUAAAAGAGGAGCCUCAGAUCAAGGUUGAGGGUGGACAGCCACAGCAGCUGCAACCACAAACGCAGCAGCAAACGCAGCAACAACCACAACCUCAGCAAUCCCAGCCCCAGCAACAAUACAACAUCCAGGGAAACCAGGGAAACCAGCAACAGCCACCGCAACAGCAACAGCAACAGCAACUCAACCAGCAAAUGCCGCCUUCACUGCCUCAACAACAGCAGCCUCGGCCACCAGUGCCUCACUCACAAACAAUGCCGCCGAAUCAAAUGCCGCAAUUCGCGCAGCAACAACAGCAGCAGCAACAAAACUUUCACCAGCAGCAGCGGCCUCAGAUCAACCCUAUGCAAGCCAACGCUCACCAGCAGAGCAAUUCACCGCACCCGCAGUCUGCAACCGGAACCGGUCCGCCAGUUCCCCUCUCUCACCAGGCUGCUGUUAGUGCUGCGAACCGAUCCUACACCGACCCCCAGCGCACAAACACACCCAUGCAACAGGGCGGACAAGGUGGUAACUUUGGCAGUCGCGAGCGCGAGCAACUGAACAACCCCAAGAUGCCGAUCCCUCGACACCUGAACGUAACCUCACCACAAGCCGUCCACAUGGGUCAAGCGCGGCCAACUAUGAGUGGCCCUACCAACGGUGCGCCAGGACCAAUGGGUCAGCCUGUCAUCCCGCGACCACCACCCUUUCAGCUCGAAGGCGACGGCGACCGCGUCCUCAGCAAGCGCAAGCUAGAUGAGCUUGUCCGCCAAGUCACCGGCGGCUCAGAAGAAGCCCUCACACCAGAAGUUGAAGAGGCCGUCCUCCAGCUCGCAGACGACUUUGUUGACAAUGUCAUAAGCAACGCCUGCAAGCUUUCUAAACUCCGCGAUUCUCCCCAGCUAGACAUUCGCGAUAUCCAGGUCAUUCUCGAGCGCAACUAUAAUAUCCGCAUCCCAGGCUAUGCGUCUGAUGAGGUUAGAACUGUGCGCAAGAUUGUGCCCGCGCAGGGGUGGGCGGCCAAGAUGAAUGCAGUCAAUGCGGCGAAGGUUAUGGGUGGGAAGACGGAUUUUUAGGCUGGUGGAUUAGAGGAGAGAUGCGGGGAACGAAGGAGGAGGAGGUGAAUGAUGUCCAUGUCUGGGGUGUUAUGAGGGUCACUUUAUUCUUUUUUUUUUCAGUGGCAAUAUUGAUGUCAAGUCAAUUUUUGACUUAGUAAAAUACCCAGGGCACACGAGGAUAGUGAUGCAGCCAUGUGGAAGUGAUUGUGCCUUGGAGGGAUUGACCAGUUUUUUUUCUAUUAUUUACUACGGUUCAUGAAAAAUCAAUUCUAUCAUUGGCAUGCCCCCAUGUUCGGUAAAUUUC